UUCGUUCCCUCGUCGUGGGUGUGGUCGUUCAUGCUUGGGUGUAUGAGAUCGGCCUUCUCUAGGACUUAUCCCCUGCUACUCUCCCGUUGUAAGGUCCGUGCGACAGCAGCAGUAAUGGCGACCGAGAGACCUCAAGUGGUCUUCGUUCUAGGAGGCCCUGGAGCUGGGAAAGGAACCCAGUGCGAAAAAAUAGUAAAGGAGUUUGGGUUUGUUCAUCUGUCGGCGGGAGACCUCCUGCGACAGGAGAGAGACAGCGGAUCAGAGAACGGAGAUCUGAUAGAGAGCUGCAUGAAGAACGGUCUGAUAGUGCCCGUGGAGAUCACCAUAGCACUGCUGGGGAAAGCCAUGGAGAGGAUCGGAGCAAAGAAGUUCCUCAUCGAUGGAUUCCCGAGGAAUGAGGACAAUCUGGACGGUUGGGAGAGGGAGAUGACAGAGGACAAGUGCGACGUCAAGUUUGUCCUCUUUUUCGACUGCCCGGAGGACGUGUGUAUUGAAAGAGCUAUAAAGAGAGCGGAGAGCAGUGGAGCUAUGGCCAGAUCAGACGACAACUUGGAGUCUCUCAAAAAGAGGUUCCGGACCUACACUUCACACACUAUGCCUAUUAUUGAACGCUACGAGAAGAAGGGAAUGGUGCGAAAGGUAUCUGGGGUCCCCCCUCCUGACGAGGUUUUUGAAGAAGUUAAGAAAGUUCUCAAAGAUCUUUAGUCUCCUUAGUUCUAGUUUUUUAAGACUGUUUUUUAAGACUGUUUUUGGUGUACAUAUAAUAUAGGUCUAUUAUGAUCGUUAGAAAAUACGUUGCCAAGUUUGAAAAAAUCUCUGCAGAAGACACACAAUACACAUUGAAAUAAUUACACACGGCAGAUGAGGUGGCCGAUAGAGAUUUAGGCACAAUCACGAGCUUUCGUCUUCACUCUCCUCCAAGCCGUCUAUAUAGACAUACGGUAAGAUAUUCACCGCAAAACUGUCCUCGUGGAUGAUAGGAUCGGUCCAUCUUUGCCAGACACUGUCCGUUCCAAAGUCGCCUCGAGCACUCACUGCGACUGACUGGGUCUGUUUUACUGGAGUGGACCCAUCGUCACUGUUCAAGUCAGUUCCAACACUAGGUUUGUCUGUGGUGGGCGUGUCCAGUUGGGAUACAGUAGAGCUCAGAUUGAUCCCAGCCUGUCUUUGCAGCAAACGUCGAUCGAUGCUGACUAUGAGACUCACAGGUUCUGUCACUAUCUCUCCUAGUCUAUCUCUGUCAGUUGGUCCCAGAGCUAGAUAUGAAGGGGGAGGAGAUUUUGUAGUGCUGUCGGUCUCAGCUAUAGAAUCAGCAGACUCGGUAACAUCCACAUGGACGCCAUUUGCGUGUGCGACGAGUUGUGAAUCGGCAGUAGGAAUGGGUACAGGUCUACCCUCUCUGCUGGAAGUGUCAUUAGGAGUUCUGAGAGUUGGUUCAUCUGAUGCGACCACAGAUGGUCUGGAAACACUGACAUGCUCCAGAGGGAUCCUCACAACCAAAUUCCUGGCCACAGAGUGCAGUGGGAAUCGAACUUGAAGAGAUGCAGGUGCAGUCGUCCGUUCUUCACUGGCAGGGGAAGUCUCCACAGUGUGAACUGGCUUUGUGGUGAGUUUGGAGGGUAGCUUUCCAGUAGGAGGAUGAGGAUAAGAGUGGAGUGAGGGGGAUUUGCUGGUAGAACGUGCAGGAGAAGGUGACUGAGAAGAAGUUGGUGGUGGUGUGGGGGAGGGUGUUGUUUGUUGAGUGGGCACAGAGGAAGAGGAAGAGGAUGUGGAAGUGGAGAGAGAGGACUUCUGGGGUGGAUGUUGAGGAGGGAACUUGCUCAAUCUGUGCAGAGCCCUCUUCCUGUUCAUGGCAGGGUUGGCAGACGAGGGGCGAGCAGGUGGGGGCAGGGGGAGCGUUUGCGAGGAAGUUUGUAAGGGUGCACUGGAUUGAGGGGGUGCAGGUGGUGUGUUGGUUGUGAGAAUUGCAGGUGAUGUUGUGUGCGUGGUGCCCAGGGGAGCAGGAGAGGGUGUGACUAACGCAGAGAGGAGUGGAGGAGGUGUGGUACGUGAGGGUACACCAUUGGGAGUGGUUGGUGACUGCUGGGCCAAACUCCGCCAUUGAAUCACUAGUGUCUUCAUUCUCUUGGCAAGAGACUUAUCAGGGAUGGCUCGCCGGACCUGGUUGAUGUACUUGCCCAGUCUCGUACUCUGAAACACAAGUCAACGUGUUCAGAAGACAAAGAUGUAGUGCUACAUACUCCAAAUCAUGCCCACCACACUAAAAUUGUCUAUCCCCGCAGCGUAUCACGCUUGAGCCCACCUUUAGGUCGUUGAGAUCCUUGGAGCUAACGGGGGAGCGCUCCAACGCUGCCACUACUUCCUUCACAACACCCAUAUCGAGAACCUAAGCGGUGGAGGAGAGAAAACAAAAUGGCGGGCGGUCACGAGGUCACGCGUAACAACCGCUUUUGCUAGCAAUCGGCGCCAUCCGCGGCUUUUCGAGUGCAGCAGAGGGGCUCACAUUUCCCUGAGAGUCGAUGGCUUUGCGAAACAUGGACGCUAGCUCCUGGACGGUGCCGGGCAUGGCAUUGUUUCUCCACCGACUCUCCGAGCCCCCCAAGGUCCACGGUGACGCGCCACAUUCUGCUCCCGCCGCCGACACGAACCUGUGACGUUACGCACGGAGCUUUAUACUAGUGACGUCAUACGUUGUCGUUUUGACGGGUAAUGUGAAAUUCCAAGUAAAGCCCACCCGAGUGUUUUCCCGGGAGCUGCGAAUGGAGCGGAGACUGAGACGGGAAGAGAGAGAGAUACGACGAGAGGCCAGAAACGACGCCCGACAUGGUCACUACGGGGAGGCGUCUCAUUUGAGACACGAGGCUCGGAUGGUCCACCAUGAGAGAGAGCACCUCUUGCACCACCAUCACCACAAUCACCACGGUCUCCCUACACACCCUCACCACCAUCACCAUCAUCACCGCCCACCCUCUGCCUACAGUGGGUGCUGCACUAUACUCUGACUGAGAUCACAUGAGAGCAGGAAAAUCCAUUGAAUUUCCUCUCGAAAAACUGUUUACCCUGAUCCCCAAUCACAUGGGGUUUUAAACUGAAGUGUGUGUUUUGUAACAAUAUUGUUGUUAUGUGUGAAAACGAGCACUCAGCAG